AUGUCCAUGGAGUAUCGACCCAUAUUUAUGUUAGUGUCUAGUACCAUAUUCUUCUUCUUUAUGUCGGGUUCUGCUGCAGUAGAUACAAUAUCUGCAUAUCAACCAAUCAAAGAUGGCAACUCCAUUGUUUCAGAGGGAGAGACCCUGUAUAGAAUAGCAAAGGCUACUAAUAACUUUAGCAUUAACAAUAAGAUUGGAGAAGGUGGUUUUGGUCCAGUUUACAAGGGUGUGUUGGAAGACGGAAAAGUAGUAGCUGUAAAGCGGCUCUCAAAAACAUCCCAACAAGGAUACGAAGAGUUCCGGAAUGAAGUCAUUUGUAUCGCCAAACUUCAGCAUCGGAAUCUUGUGAAGCUCCUUGGAUAUUGCAUUCAUGAUGAAACUAGAAGUUCAAUGCUUGAUUGGCCUCAACGCUUUAACAUUAUCCAUGGUAUGGCACGAGGUAUUCUUUAUUUACAUCAAGAUUCCCGCCUCCAAAUCAUCCAUAGAGAUCUCAAGGCAGGUAAUAUAUUGUUGGACAACCAAAUGAAUCCAAAAAUAUCUGAUUUUGGGCUUGCAAGAAAGUUUGUAGGAGAGGAUGCCACAGCUAAGACAAAGAAGGUGGUUGGAACACAUGGAUACAUUUCUCCAGAGUAUGCAAUACACGGCCGUUUCUCAAUAAAGUCAGAUGUAUUUAGUUUUGGUGUUCUUGUGCUAGAGAUAGUAAGUGGGAAGAAAAACAGAGAAUUCUCUCACGAGGCUCGUAGUGACAACCUUCUUGGACAUGCAUGGAGACUCUAUAAGGAAGGCAAGUCCAUUGAACUCAUGAAAGAUAGGCCGACUAUGUUAUCAGUGGUUCUUAUGUUGAUUAGUGAUGGUGUAUUGUCUCCACCUAAACAACCAGCCUUUUUCACCGAAGAAAGUAACAGUUUACUUAACUCUGUUUCAUCGUUGGAUGAUGAAUACAUGAUAACACUAUUGUUUCCUAGAUAG